ACCUGUUAUUUCACAGCAUUGGGAUAAUUUGAAGAGGUUCUUGCUUCAACAGUGAUUGAACGGAACUUCAAGCCUCAACCUUUUUAAAUCUGAUUUGAGUUAUUUAUUUUCUAUCAACGUUUUGAUAGUAAAACCAGCCGAAAUGGAGACUUCUCAGAUUUGCCAGAACUACGACCGCGACUGUGAGGGCUUGAUCAACAAAAUGAUGAACUUGGAGCUUUACGCUUCAUACACUUACACUUCAAUGGCUUACUACUUCAAACGGGAUGAUGUUGCCCUUCCUGGGUUUUCCAAGUUCUUUAAGGAGAACAGCGAGGAAGAGCGCGAGCAUGCUGAGAAACUAAUGUCCUUCCAGAACAAAAGGGGUGGACGCAUUGUCCUUCAGGACAUAAAGAAGCCUGAGCGUGAUGUAUGGGGCAAUGGACUAAUUGCUAUGCAGUGCGCUCUGCAGCUGGAGAAGAACGUUAACCAGGCUCUGCUGGAUCUCCAUAAAGUCGCCUCUGAGAAGAAAGAUCCUCAUCUGUGUGACUUUCUGGAAACUCACUACCUGGAUGAGCAGGUUAAAACCGUCAAGAAGCUUGGUGACCACAUCACCAACCUUUCAAAGAUGGAUGCUGGAAACAAAAGGAUGGCAGAGUACCUGUUUGACAAGCACACCCUGGAUGGAGAGAACUAAAUCAUGACCUCAGUUCAUCUGCAUGCUGCAAACGGCCCAUCUAUACUGUAAUAACAUUUCAUUAAGCAAUAUGUUAUCACACAGCUCGAAAGUUUGAGAGGUUGAAAGUUUACCAUAGAUUGAUAUUAUUUAACCUGUGAUAGUCAUCAAGCAGAUGCUUUCCUGUUUAAUAAUUGGUGGAUUUGAUAAAUAAA